GCAUUUUGGAGAGGAAACUGAACGGUGCUUAAACUCAAGUAAACGGCAAUAGACAAAGUGUCCCCUCGAGGAAAACUACGCGUUUUUGUUCUCUGCCAGCCCAGGAUUUACCAUUUGGAACGCCUACCUGAAACACAGAAAGGAGGAAUUGUGAGACGCGUCACGUUUUGCGAAGGAAAAACCUAUUCACACGUGAUUUCGGUCAUUGAAAGUCGGGAAAACCUUCCGUGAAAAUUUUCAUCGUACACUCCAGCAAAGCUAGAGCAGUAGCAGUAGCAACAGCAGCAGUGUUUGAUUAAAAUAAAAUAAAAAAGCUCAAGAAGAGAGUACAAACGGCUGAUUGAUUGUGUGCAGUGCGAGAUUGGCAGGUUCCGGAAGUUAGUAAAAGUGCAUCUCAUCGUCGCCGAAAAGAAGAAGUAGUGAAGUGUUUGAAGCCUGUUGGUGAUUGAUUUGCAAUCGAAGAAAGAAUUGCAAACGAGUGAGUGACAACAGUACAAGGUGCAAGUUUUUGGUGCUACAUAGUCGGUGACCACGCUAGUACGAAACUAGCAAUCGCUCAGAGUUUGAGCGAGACCACAUUUUUUCGUGAAGACCCGUCAAAUAAAACAGCCUCAAGAUUAGUAACAUGAUGGCUUUCGCUGGUCUGAAGAAGCAGAUCAAUAAAGCGAAUCAGUAUGUUACGGAAAAAAUGGGAGGUGCGGAAGGCACCAAACUGGACCUGGAUUUCAUGGAAAUGGAAAGAAAAACAGACGUCACGGUAGAGCUGGUCGAAGAGUUGCAAGCAAAAACGAAAGAAUACUUGCAACCGAAUCCGACGGCCAGAGCGAAGAUGGCAGCGGUCAAAGGUAUUUCUAAAUUAUCAGGUCAAGCUAAAAGUAAUACUUAUCCACAACCAGAAGGUAUAUUGGCCGACUGUAUGCUGACAUACGGUAAAAAGCUCGGUGAAGACAGUAUCUUCGCCAGUGCCCUCGUUGAGAUGGGCGAUUCGCUCAAGCAGAUGGCCGAUGUGAAGUACUCGCUCGAUGAUAAUAUUAAGCAGAACUUCCUCGAGCCACUGCACCAGCUGCAGACCAAGGACCUGAAGGAGGUUAUGCAUCAUCGCAAAAAAUUGCAAGGACGACGUCUUGAUUUCGACUGCAAAAAGCGACGACAAGCAAAAGGAUCUCAAAUUACAGAUGACGAAAUCCGGAGCGCUGAGGAGAAGUUUGCCGAGUCCCUGCAGCUGGCACAGGUUGGAAUGUACAAUCUGUUGGAGAAUGAUGUGGAGCAGGUUUCACAGCUAGUCACGUUUGCCGAAGGAAUGUUGGAUUUCCAUUCACAGUGCUCCGACAUCCUGCGGGUACUCGUCGAAACGUUGAACGAGAAACGAGAGGAAGCCGCCUGUCGUCCAAAAUCGGAAUUCGUCCCCAAGACGCUAGCGGAUCUAAACAUCGAAACGCUCGGUUCUCAGGACGGAAUGAAUGGUGGGCCACAUUUCCUUAAUCCCAAUAGAGUAAAAAAUUCCCAUCAUCACAUGUACAGUUCUCAGCAAAAUUUGUCCACCCAACAACACAACAACAACAACUACAAAAGUGGCAGUAACAACAACAAUAAUAGUAAUUUUAACCGGAACAACCUGUACGGGUCACAGCAGAGCCUAUCGUCGAUGUCGACGAGGAGCGGCGGGGGUGGCAGUACCGGUGGUGGCGGUGGAGGAGGCAGUAUCCACAGUCGCGAUGAUAGUAAUUCGUUUUUGAAACCACCACCCUACGGAUCGGUUAAUACGCAAUCCCCCGUCGACGGCUGGUUGAAUGCGUGGGAUCAACCGGGUGCGGCGGCGGCGGUGGCGCCCUCGGCCACCACCGGUUCUGCCGCGCGCAGAAAUUACAAUAACCAUGGGAAAUCCAAUUUUAACAGCAGUAACAGUGUGUAUAAUACUAGCUCCACUACUACUACCACUUUCUCCACUAGCAAGUCCGGGUCAAAAUUCGCUAACAACAACUUCAAUGAUCCCUGGUCAGCUUCACCAUUGCCAUCGCCGAUGCGCUCGCCUGCGAGGACACCGAUGCCAGCCAAACCAACGCAGCCAUGCUGUACGGCACUGUACGAUUUCGAUCCAGAAAACCCGGGUGAACUGGGUUUCAAGGAAAACGACGUCAUCACACUCAUCCAGCGUGUGGACGAGAACUGGUUCGAAGGCAGCGUGAACGGCAGAACCGGCUACUUCCCGCAGUCGUACGUGCAAGUCACCGUUCCAAUACCGUAAGCUGCUGCUGCAACCCCGGUACGGUACGGUUUUUAGGUUUUUAUCAUUUAUCGGUUUUUCGAUUUUCUAAUUUUAAAUUAAAAAUCGUAAUUUAACGUCUGAAGUAUAUCAUUGUAAUCGCGCCCCCCUCAAAAACAGUCCCCUCCCCAUCCGAGACUCUAACUAAUAUUGACAUAUUGACUAUGGAAAACAACAAUCUGAAGGUUACUGAUCAAUUACCCCGACCCCCGAAAGCAAGCUUAAACUAUUGCUGCUGACAAAAAAGGAGAAUGCUUUCGAAAAGCAGGAAACAGCGUCAUCAGCAGCAGCAGCAGCAGCAGUAGUCAGUCACAGGAAGUUGAAUAAGAAUAUAAAACAGAUUUUACUAGAUUACGAAGCAAGAUAUUGAAACUAAGAAGUAUUUACAAGAGAUUUAUUGCAAUCCAGUCGAAAUUUAACUUAUUCUGUUUUACGUGUGAGCAAGGGCAAAUGAAAAAGAAAAGAAAAAACGAAAACCUAUUGAUGAAAAAAGGAAACCAACCUAUAUAUGUAAGGUGUUAAUUAUUAUCUACUGGAAGGAGAGGAAGCAGAAGAAGAAGAAGAAGGGAGAAAAUCUUCUACUUAUAAAGUUAAGUACCAGCGGUGAGAUUGAUUGUUGAGUUUUGUGUUUGUCCCGCGGCGCGAGAUGUAGCACGAUUGCGAAAACAAGAAGAUACCUACACUUACACCACCAGUCACACCAACACACAUACACACCUAGAUAUGCAGUAAACACACGCUUUAAUGCCAACAACCUUAGCAAGGAUAUGAAAUAGCCGAUUUUCAACUGAUUUAUGUUGACAUUUCACCGUGACAGUGACGACGAACGCCUCUAGUAGACCUUAGUUUUAGUGAGAGAUUGAGUUUUAAACAAUACAAACAGAUUUUAUUCAUAUUGAGAAAAAUCUUUAAAUCAAAACGCCUGUUAGACAAAAGCUCACCAGUUGUUAGGUUUUAACAGAAUUUAGUUAAAACAGAAGGAAGAAGUAGAAGAAGAAGAAGAGGAAGCAAACAUCGAUAUUAGUCAAAGCGGUUUAUUAUGAUUAUAUUAUGAUUUGAGCCAGCCAAAACGUGCGCGCGUGCGUGUGUAUGUUUCGUGACGAAUGUGUUGCGGGUUAUAGAGAAAGGUUUCGUGAGAAUUUUCCUGUGAAAAAAAAAAUACUAAAGACUUGAUGCAAGCCGAAGACAGACGACCAUACUAUGCACUGACAAACACAGACACACACACAUCGGUGAGCGAUGAUGAUUGUUCCCAAACACUCACACAAUGUUCUAUUUUUUGCGGUCUUGUUGUUGUAGUAGUUGUUACAGGUUUCGGUUUUUCCGUUGAGUGAAAUUUUGGUUCUUUGUUCAUCUUUUUUUGGUUCGAUCAAGUCUUCUUUAAAUUAAAAAAAAAACACUCACGCAAGGAGCUAUAAUCUAAACGAGUAUUAACUGUGUAUAUAAUUUUAGUAAGUUUCGUUGAAUAAACUUUCAAAUGCUAGUCGCCGAUCUGCGACUGAACGUUA